AGCGCGAACUGAGAACUCGAGUCUCGGCAAACUUCCGGCAGGGGAGGCGAGGGGCGCAGGGAGCGCCCACUGCGCGUGCGCGCGCCCGUUCGGAAGCCCCCUGCACCCCCUCCCCUUGCAGCCGGACUUGGUACGGCCGAGACUUGGUACGGCCGGACGGUUGGCGUCCUCGGCUGCUCCAGACAGGGGCGGGCUUUUCAAAUCUUAUCUUUGGCCGAGUGGCGGCGGUCUCAGCUGAAGCGCUGGAGAUGGAGGGGCAGACCCUAAGGGGUCCCGAACUCUACCUGGCGGGGCAUCCUGCACAGCAGGACUGCAGCAUUCAAGAAAAAAUAGAUUUAGAAAUUCGAAUGCGACAAGGAAUAUGGAAACUCCUUUCUCUGAGCACUCAGAAAGACCAAAUUUUACGUGCAGUAAAGAAUCUCAUGGUGUGCAAUGCUCGAAUAAUGGCUUACACAUCGGAACUACAGAAAUUAGAAGAACAGGCUGCAGAUCAAACUGGAAGAUGUGAUGUGAAUUUUGAAAGUAAAGAACGAACCGCAUGUAAAGGAAAGAUUGCCUUAUCAGAUAUUCGAAUACCACUAAUGUGGAAAGACUCUGAUCACUUCAGCAAUAAAGAAGGAUCACAGCGCUAUGCCAUGUUUUGCUUAUUCAGAAUGGGAGCUGAACUUUUUGACACUGACAUGGUGAUUGUGGAUAAAACAAUCACAGAUAUAUGUUUUGAAAAUGUAACCAUAUUUAAUGAAGCAAGGCCAGACUUUCAGAUAAAGGUGGAACUAUAUAGUUGCUGUACAGAGGAGUCUUCUAUAACCAACACACCAAAAAAAUUAGCUAAGAAACUGAAGACAUCUAUAAGUAAAGCUACAGGAAAGAAAAUAAAUUCAGUGCUUCAAGAAGAUCAUGAAACGUGCUUGUCCUUCAGUUCUGCUGUUUUUGGUGCAAAGUAUAAUUUGCUAGCUCAUACUACCUUGACCUUGGAAAGUGCUGAGGACAGUUUCAAGACACAUAACCUGUCUAUUAAUGGAAAUGAGGAGUCUUCAUUUUGGCUUCCCUUAUAUGGCAACAUGUGCUGCCGAUUAGUCGCCCAGCCGGCUUGUAUGGCUGAGGAUGCAUUUGCAGGAUUUCUUAAUCAGCAGCAAGUGGUAGAAGGUCUGAUUAGUUGGAGAAGGUUGUAUUGUGUUCUGAGAGGGGGUAAACUCUACUGUUUUUAUACUCCAGAAGAAAUUGAAGCUAAAGUGGAACCGGCUUUGAUAGUGUCCAUUAACAAGGAAACGAGAAUUCGGGCAAUGGAUAAGAAUGCCAAGGCAAGAAUCCAAAAUUUCUCUGUCAUCAACCCUGUUGCCGGACAGGCCAUGACUCAUAUUUUUGCGGCUGACAAUAGAGAAGACCUUCACAAGUGGAUGGAAGCCUUCUGGCAGCAUUUCUUUGACCUUAGCCAAUGGAAGCAUUGUUGUGAAGAACUUAUGAAAAUUGAGAUUAUGUCACCACGGAAACCACCUUUGUUCUUGACAAAAGAGGCGACUUCAGUCUACCAUGAUAUGAGCAUUGAUUCACCUAUAAAACUUGAAAGUUUAACUGAUACAAUACAAAGAAAAGUUGAAGAGACGAAUGGACAGUUCCUCAUCGGUCAGCACGAAGAACCCUCACCUCCUCCUUGGGUAGCACUUUUUGAUGGUGAUCAUCCAGUGGUCAUCCAGAAAAAGGUAUUACCUUCUGCAAGCAAGCAGUUACAGGAUGGGAAACGGAAAAAGAGGCGAGCACCUCUUCCUCCUUCUGAUAAAGCUCCAUUCAGCUUAAAAACACAGAGCAGUACAGAUGAAUCGGCUAAAGACCACUGGGAAAAAACAAGUGUAUCUCAAACUUCGUCUUUAGAUACCAAAUUAUCAACCUUAAUGCAUCAUUUACAGAAACCAAUGGCUGCUCCUCGAAAACUUCUUCCUGUCUGGAAAAACAGUUUAACCAAUGGUGAACACACAGACACUAAAACCAGUUGUGAAGCCAAGCCAGUACCAGCUCCAAGGCAGAAAUCUAUCAAAGACAUUUUGGACCCUAGAUCAUGGUUGCAGGCCCAAGUAUAGAAAACCCUUAAUGUAUAAAACAUUGAACAAAAUCUGUAACUGUGAGUCUUGAUGCAGAAGCACUAUAGAUGUGGUAAUAUUAAAUUAUGUAGAUAAAUAAGCUAGUUAUGUGCAUCAAUAAUAAGCUAUUAGGUAUAAAAUGUUUUAUAAUGAAGAAAUGAAUUUCUCUUUCACUUUUUUUUUCAGAAUAUAAGUGAUUUUUCCUAGCAGAGUGUAAGAGGCAGCUUCUAGACAAUAUCUUAAUUGUUGGAAGGGUUAAUUUAUUCCUAAAUUAGUACCAGGCAGUGAACAAGCACUAGGCAGAAGAAAGCAUUAAAAUUUCUUUGGGGAGAGACUGUUGAGUAAUUCAAAAUGUGUUAAAUAUGAACCAUAGUCUCAUUGUGAGAAUUUUAAUUCUAAUGGAAUGUUUCAAAAGUAUUAUUCAAACCACAAAUUAUAAAAUCCACCCAAGAAAACUUCUUAGCAUUCUGGAAUUCUCAUCUAAUGCUUCACUGGCUCUCAUCUAUUGUUUGACUCAUUAUCUCACUGACCUGUUAAAUUCCUGGAUAAAUUUUAGAAUAUUAAAUUCUUCAUUUUUAAAGGGAAUUUGUAAUGUGCUAUUCAAAGGUGUUUCCUUGAUGAACCCUGAGAUCCUGUAGACAUUAACUCUUAUAAGUAAGUAAAGUGUAACAUUUAUUAGUUUAGAGAAAAGGUAGAUAAAAUGUUCUUCACUUCCAUUUUUCUACACAUAGUGCUAAUUUCCAUUGUGACAUUGGAAUUUGGGGAAAUGAGAAGCUGAUUAACACCUGAAAAUUCAUUUAAUACUUAUUUAAAAAACAGGUGGCCAAUUCAAAAAUAUAAAAAGUGGGCCAUGAUAAUAAAUUUCAGAAUUAAUCCUUUUUAAAAAUUUUAAUUAGAUUUCCUUUUUCUGGUAAGGGUUGAUGUCUGCUAUUGAUAUUAUUCAUUAUAAGUCAUAUUCUUACAAUAAUGACAUCGGAAUCAUUUCCAUAGGAGGUAAUUUCCAUAGCAACUAAUCAUAGUGACCCAAACAGAAUUAUAAAAUCAAGCGAGGAAUAAAUAGCAAGAGAUUGAAUACCUUAAAGGAACAAAUCCAUUUGUUAUAAUAAUGCUUCGUGUAAACAAGAGCUGAACAGUUUUUAAAAUCUAAUCAGAAUUUCCCAAUAAAACAGUUUCCAUAAUGUGUCAGCAACUGCACUAAAAAUCUCAAUUCACAGUGAACCCUAAAUGUCAUUUCAAGAAAUAAGAAAUUACUGCCCUGCGUAUAAUAUCUAGAGAUCUUUUUAAUGCCCAUAAGAAUUCUUUUUGGAUCAGAACUAGGUUAUUACAAAGUAAAAUGGACACUUGACAAAAAAUAACAAUUUAAAUGGAGCCUUUCUUUAUUUUUAUAUAGCAGAGUCUUUUUUCAUUUAUAUAGAAUGAUGUAACUGCCAGGUUACUUUUGUGUUUGCCCAGGACUCUAGUCAGAAUUGGGGCUCAAGGGAGCAAUGAUAUGAAAGGUCUCUUGUGAUUGGCAACAUCAGGAUAGACAUAGUAUUUGAUGAGAAGGACACCUAUAUGAUUGCCUGAUAGAAUUUAGAAACAACACAUAUAUGAAAAUCUAAAAAGGUAGGAUGAAUUUUUUUAUAACUGGAAGGCUCUUCUAAAUCUCUGUGUGAUUGCCAAUUCAGUAAAUGAUGUAUUCAAAAUCGAAAGGGUAUUGUUAUUUGAAUUUUUUUUUUAAACCUCGCUGCUGUUUUUGACAGCAUUUGUGACUGUCAUUGCCACUAAAUUAUCGAGCUAGAAGAUGCUGUAGGCAAAACUGUUUCUGAAAGUGGCAUCUAAGCAAUCUUUUUGUUUUAGUUGAAGCCUUAUAACAAACCAGUGUUAAAACUUCCAAAUUAUAUUCUUGUCAUUUCUCCUUAUGCAUAUUAUAUCAAGAAGAAUUUAAGUUGUACAGGAAAGAGAAUUUAUUCAUAGAGAAAUUACCUAGCAGUGGUGCCCUCAGUGGGGCACUUUGAAACAAGGCUGAAGCCCUUCUUUCUUAAACCAUUUAGGUGAGGGCUGACCAAGGACCACCUCCCCCACCAAAAUUAUUCAGAGGGCCCAUCUUUCUGGGGGCCCAUCUUACUGUAUAUUACAAAGCUUUUGAAAUUGGGAUGAAGUCUUCAGCCGUACUUUCUUUGACAUUGUGUUCAUUAAAUGUUAGUUCAGGUCCCCCCAAAAGGUAUACAAAGUUGAGGUUUUUCCCUCCCUCCUUUUUGUUUCUCCCUCCCUCCCUCCCUUCCUCCCACAGUUAAAAAAAUACAAAAUAAUAAAAUAAAAAUACUGAGUUAAACAGUUUGUUAAGGAGUUCAUCAAAAGAAGUAUUUGUUUUCUCAUUUUCUAAACUGGGAGUUUAUGACAGAAAAAUAUGCCAUGUAAUAAAAGACGUUUCAGCUUUUUAUGAGCUGGCUUUUCACAUUCUUUGUCUUUUUAAUUUGUUUCUUGAUAUAUGAAGACUAUAAACUUGAAACAAAGAAUUAGCUGUCAGAUCUUGAUAAUAUUAUAAUUGGAGAAACAUAAUAGAAAGAAUAGAUAUUUUAUUAUAAUACUGAUGAUCAAAAGAUAAUAUCUUAGAAAAUUACAUUUACGUUUCAAGCUCUGGGAUAUAAAUUACUUACAAUAGCAUUAAGAUAGUAUUUUUUAAUUGCUGCAAAAUGGUGAACCUCUUAUUUAAACAUCUUGCAAGAACAAAGAAGGCAUUUUGUUGUUAUAAACGCAUACCUUCUAAGGUAAACAGUCUUUCAAAAUAUCAGGCAUGCCAACCCUUGGUGUUUUUAUUAACUCCUUCUUAACUGUCUGCAAGGCCUCCUGAUUUCUUUUAGAUGGAUAUGCAUAUAUAUGGAAAACUAAAUCCAUCUAUUAUAAAUGCUCUAUCUUUACCCUGUAAGAUCCCACUGAAUGUUAUUUUACCCGGUACUAUUUGAUUUACAGACAAUUCACGUAUGGUAGGCUAAGCAGUGAAAUAGUUCUUUAGGCUUAUGUUCAAUAUUUCAUCCACCUACAGUGAAGUUAAUUAAUUCAGUCCAAAAUGAAAUUGUAAGGCAGUUUGGUGCAAUUCAUGUUAAAUGCCAUUUGAAUGUAAUCACCUGUGUUACCAUGAGUGAGGAACAACCUUACCAGAUGGAGAUAGAGUGCCGUACCAUGAACAAGAAGAGAAGUGCUUUGGCAGGAAAAAUAUCUGUCCCUGGGGGUCAGAGUUUAUCAAAAUCUGUUUUUUUAAACAGUGAAUUAUUGAACAGUAAUUCAGCUUUAACUGAUGACCAUUUGUAUUCUUGUAGUUAUCUUCAGUGUUCUAUUAUUAGUCUUAAACUAUAAUGUAGACAGAGUUGACUUUUGUCACUUACACUUCAAAGAUAUUACUAUUUUUAAAUGUUUACCUGUUUAUGUAUAACUGUUUCAUUGCUGAUAAUUAUGUGAAAAUGGUUUAUUCUGGAUCAUGCAUAUUCUUAGUUACUAGAAAAGAUGUUACCUUAGACUUUUUGAAAGGCAAGAUUUCAUUUGAAAAUAUGGUAAGGCGUGUUCUUUUCUAUGGUACACUUAUAUAAUUCACAUUGUAUGUAUUUUGUAUUAAUUAAAUGUGGGUCAAACUUCUGGAUUAAAAAAUAUAUCACAGAUUAUGUAUUUUUUAAAGUGCUGAAGAUUGGUAAGAAACCCAAGGUCAUGUGAUGAAAAUGUCUGUACAUUAAGAGAACUGAUUCAUGAAGACAUUUUCUAGCUUUUUUUCUUAGGUUCCUUCUCUGGGCUAGAUUCAUAGAAGUAAACAGUGUUGAGAAGUCAGUUUAAUCAGAGAAAGAGAUAGCUAAUAGCUGGUGCUAAUUAUUAAGACUAAUAUUCGAUAGCUUUGGUAUAACUAACACUUAUUAAAAUGUUUGUAUAUAAUCCUUCUUGCAGUGUACUUUUAUAAAAAUCUUCAUUGAUGUCACCUUAAUUUUAGGCUAGUGAUGCAGAAUUUCCCCAGAAUUUAUGUCACUCUGAUAAAAAAAAAAAAAAAUAGGGACUCAGGAUACUCAGUUGCUGUUAGCCACAAAGAGACUCCUGAUUUUAAAGCACCUCUCUCAGUACUUAAUUUAUGCCCAUGGAGCACCUCAGGGGAGCAGGGAGAGAUGAACAAUCCUGGCUCAAUGAUAUUACUUGAACAUUUUAUUUCUAAACCUGUAAUGUGACCAGAAAUAUUUAACAUUUCCUUUUAGAAAAAAACUUCUCUUUCUCUAAGGAGAGAGGCCUGCUAAUCAAUGUGCUCAGAUAAACAAAGCACUUUAAGGUUCAAUUAACAAAAAUUAAAUAAUUACAGAAAUAUUAACAUUUUUUAUCUGAAUAUAGGAAAAAAUAUCAAUUCUGGAAUGUUUGAUAAUUAGAAAGCUAAGCAAAAUCAUUUCAAAUCUUGCUGAAAAUUGUGUUUUAAGUUGCAUCAGAUUGCUUUGAGAGAUAUGGUAAUCUCAUAAUGUAACUACCAAGGAGAAAGAGAUUGCAAAGGUCUUAUAUAUUCAUAAUUAUGCUAUGUUUGAAACAUGUUUCAAAAUAGAUUGUUUUGUUCAAAAUGGAUCGUUUUCUGAGUUGAGAUUUUUUUUGUUGUUUACUCAAAAGAAAACAUUCUUAUGUUUUUGUCAAUGGAUACAGUUUUGUUAAAUUUAGCCUUCUUAAUAAACAUUAUUUUAACUGGA